UUGCAGUCGCCAGAGCAGUGCUUUAGUUAAUCGCACCAAUAACUGAUCUGCAACGCUCGCUGGCAUGAUCGCAUUUUAACUGUAUUUAGUUUAGUUUCGUCGAUGUCAACGCGGUCACAGCGCUAUUGAGAUUCUUAAGCGAAAUUAAUAUUUAAGUGAAAUUCUGAAAAUUUGAAAGCAUACAGUUAAUUUUUUAAAAAUAUUUUCGCGUUAAAAUGGUGCUGAGAAAACCGUUGUUGCUGUUCCUGCAGCUUUUGGCCGCCCGCCAAAUAGCGGAUCAGAGUGCGCCACAGUGGGAUUACCGUGAUACAAAUAGAUGGAUCGCAGAUUAUCCAACUUGUGGUGGAUCGCAACAGUCGCCGAUCAAUUUGGAUCAUUAUACGUCUAUCGGAUCGCUUAAGCCGGCUUUGAAGUUCAGAAACUAUGCGCAGCCGUUCGCUGGCCGACUCACGCUCGUCAAUAACGGUCAUACAGCUGAUAUAGUACUGCCGGAGACUGUACGUGGACCGCGGCCAACUAUCACAGGCGGCCUGUUGGAUGGCGUUUACGAAGCGCAGUCGGUGCAUUUUCAUUGGGGUGCGCCAGGUGGUGCUAGGGGUUCGGAGCACACCGUCAACGGUUACCGUUACGAUGUGGAAAUCCACAUUGUGCAUAAAAAUAUGAAAUAUGGCAACGCACAGGAAGCAAUGCAACAUCCAGACGGUUUGGCUGUGUUGGCCGUUAUGAUUAAUAUUGUGGACAUUCCGCAAACUUAUUACCCGGGCCUGAAUAUAGUUUUCAAUUCAUUACCCAGAGUGCGGGCGGCCAAUACAAAUACGACUAUUAUUAAUCAACUAAGCUUGAAUCACUUUUUGGGCGAUGUGGAUACCAGAAACUUUUUCGCCUACAGAGGCUCACUGACCACACCGCCCUGUUCGGAAGCGGUUACUUGGCACGUUUUCCCCAGGCCGCUUUUGAUAUCACGUGAAAUGAUCCAAAGAUUCUUCGAAUUGAGACAGACCAAUGGUGCACCGUUAUGGAACAACUAUCGGCCAUUGCAAGCAUUGAAUAGACGCCAGGUUUAUCGGCGUAAAGGCGGUAUUUAGCGUGCUUUACUGAACUGACCACUACAAUGGCAUCCAUUGUUAAAGACUAAAGCCGAAUCUAAUUUAUUUAAUUUAGUUUUAAUUAUUUAGUUUUGAAACCGAUUUUUAUUGUAAUAAAUAUACUUAUGUAAGUGCACAUAUAUUUUACCUCACAAAAA